AGUAACUAUAGUAACAAUGCCUGUGGACCUGUUUUCAGAAGAUGAAGAGGACCUGAAUGAUACGAAUGAUGGAGUAAAUAAAUCCAGAUUAAACCCUGGUGCAGAUGAGAGCAGUUUAAACCGGGUUAUAUCCACACCACAGCAGGCCAGAUGUGUGCAGAGGAGGCAGUGGGUAGCGCAGAUCUGUUCCAUGCUCUGCUGUUUAAUAAUCCUGUCAGUUAUUGCUGUACUCGUCUCCUUACUUUACAUGAUCCUAAAAGAUCUUAGAGCUGAGAGAAUUACCACAGAUGAUGGAGCAGAAGUAGGACUUCUAGGUUUUUGGACUAUGCUGGUCCUUUCCUCCGUGGCUGGAGUGCUGUGUUGCAGUUUCUCCUGGACUUUAACAUACUUCGACUCAUUUGAACCUGGCAUGUUCCCCCCCACCCCACUUUCUCCAGCCAGGUUCAGGCAAAAGACAGGCCACUCCUUUCAUCUGGGCUACAGCAUGGCUAUACUCAACGGCAUUGUGGCUGCACUCGCUGUCAUCUGGUGUCUUAGCUAAAAUCCAUAUGAACGUAUCUAUGCAUAUGCAGCCCCGGGCACCAUUCUCACCUCAUCACUGCCAUGAUCCCCAGACUUGUAUGGAUAAUUAAAUCAGAUGGAAGUUAUAUA